AUGGUGUCAAUUCCUGCAAAGUAUCAGGGUAAUGAAGGAUUCAGAAGGUCACAUCCUGUACUGUUGGUUGUUGCGGGUGAUGAGACCAACAAGUUAAGCCUUGAUCAAAAGCGUUGUCAUUUGGGUGGGUGUGGCAGAGACGGUUCUAUGGAGUUUCAAUCGGGGUAUGCCAUCAGCUCUCCUACAGCUAGGCAAUUUUACUCUUUAAGUUCUAGCUUUUAUGUGCAGGCCCUCAGGUUUCAGUCGGCAGUGUUAAUGGUCAGAUGUAAUCAUCGGAUUUUAGCUCCGGGUCUUGAAAUGCAACUUUACAAGAUCUAUCGUGGAAUGAUAACAGCUGCUAGUAUACAUCCGUCUAUGCUCGUAUCCAAUUGUAUCUCUACCACGACGGUCUACUCAUCUUUCAUCCUAAACCAGCAAUCUUCUUCACCUCGGCACCUUUUUACCCUUUAUGUGGUAAAGAGGAUAAAGAAUAAUGCCUCAGGAUUGCUUAUUCAGUUAGCAACACUGCUACUUCCGCAAAAGGAAAGGUUAACCUGCCAUUUUGUGCUGGUGCAACUGAUUUUUGACAGUUUCAUAUCUCGUGGUUUGCAGGAUGUUCACUCUGGGGUUAAUUCCUUGGAGCGUCUGUUAGUUUAUACUCCAUCAGUCUAUCUGAUUAAACUAGAGCUUCUGCCAUCAAUUAAGGUGGAGCUAAAUGAGAGUGAUCCAAUAACUCGGUCUGGCUCAUAUUUACAUUCGCAAGAUAAGGAGUAAGGGUGAAAGUUGAACGUGUUCAAUGAUGGGAUGUGUGUAGAAGAUCGGAUUGUCCAGAGAAAGAAGAAGGAAUGUUUUUCAAAGAUUGCUUUUGAUGCUCAAGAAGCUGGAGAGAACAAAGGUUACUGGAGAUAAAUCUGACAGUAAAGCUCCCUAAGAG